CUGAGCAUGCGCAGUACGGAGCCUCCUCUGCUCUGUUUACAUGGGAAUGGUGCUUGUUCCUAAUGGAGGCCGUCCCAGGAGAGCAUGAGGAGGUGUCAGCAGAGGGCGCCAUGCUGUGGACCCUCCAGGAGGCCGUGGAGAGGCAGACGCUGCAGAUCGGGGCGUCUGCGUGUGGGGCCACAGCUGUAGUGGACGUGCUCAAAGCUCUGGGGAUAGAAGUGUCCCCAGAGCAGGUGGAACGCUGUGUGCAGACCAAACUGAGGAGGACCGAGGCUCCACUGCCGGAUUAUCUACUGUCGAGGAGUGAAGCAGGUGCCACACAUGCACAGCUGAUCUCCGGCGCAGAGGAGGCCAGCGCGGGUCACGUGAUCGGCCGCUUCUUCCACCUCCACCCUCCUCGCCGCGCGCCCCUGGUCAGAUGGCUCGCCCACUGGGUCCGGAGAGGAGCCGUUCCCGUGGCAACCAUGAACAUGCAGAGGGCGGUGCCGAAGGGGGAGGAGGUACCCGACGCCUGGCACCAUCAGCUCAUAUUCGGAGUCAUGAGGAAUGCAGUUUUCAUGACCAACCCUCUGGAUGUCGGCAAUGAAUCAGAGGUCCGUGAGCGUCUCUGUAGCGAGUCGGUUCUGCUGAUACGUAGAGAAGACGUCAUACGGCGGCUAACUCCAGACUGCUCCUUAUCAGCUCUGUCCGAAAACCAGUCCGACCCGCGCUGGGAGGCUCUGGAUGUGGAGGGUCAAGUGAAGCGGAUGGCGGAGGAGCAGGGACCCGAGUUGAAGUCGCACAUCACCAUUCCGGCCGCGUAUAAAUCUGGGAUCACGCUGUUCGCCCUGCGCCACUCUCCAACGGGACAAGAACUUCUCAACAGCCCCGAACUGCCUCUGUGUGAAGACUUUUAAAAGACCUCAAACGCCAAAUGUGAAAUUCAAGAACUUAUUUAUUCAGCAAAAACGGCAAUAUUGAUAGAACUGUGGUGGUGUUUCUCUACGGCAGGGGUCUCAAACUCAAAUUAUCUGGAGGCCGCAGGAGGCAGAGUCUGGGUGAGGCUGAGUAUUCUGGUAUUCCACAAUAUAAGCUUUCUUAAAAUUUUCUCAAACGUCCUCGCUGUUUUCACCUUACAUGAGGAAAUAUGACAAUUUUUGUGUAUUUUAUGGAUAUACAUUGUUAUUUGUUGAAUCUUUUGUGACGGGAGAACGUGUGUUUGGGGUUUUCCGAUUUGGCAAAACCUUCUACACACAACCUGGUAUUGUCACACUAACAUUACACUUUCAUAUUGUCCUGUGGGCCACAAAAUAUCAUCUCGCGGGCCGCAAUUUGCCCCUGGGCUGCGAGUUUGAGACUCCUGUUCUAUGGUGUUUAAAGGUUCUAUAUUAUUGUGAGCUUUAAUCCGUGUUUUGAUGCUGUUUCCUCCUCAAAAACAGACCUGGAGUUGUGUUUUGUUUCAUUCACACAAGUUUGAGUAACAUUUUAUUAUUAGUCUGUUCAUCUCCAAAGCUCAAAAUGCUCCGUUCCACCUUGUGAUGUCAUGAAGUAGUAGUUUUGAAGAUAACAGAUCGUUUUUAACUUUUGUUCAGCAGAGAUUGGCAAUUUCAGGGUUGAAAUGAUCCAAAAUGAUUCUCGUGAAGGUGUGUGGAGUUUAAAAACACAGCAGAGCACUUCCUGUAUUACCACAUGAUGACAUCACAAGGUGGAACAGAGUUGUUGACCUGGUUUAUGGUUAAUAUCUCUGUAAUUACUGGACCUAUCCACAUGAAACAAAAACACAAAGUUGAACAUCUUCUCUGUCAGUUUAUGUUUUCACAACAGCUUCAGAAAGUGGUGGUAAAAUCCAUAAGACUGAUAUGACAAGUUUGUGGAUCAAUUCCCAAACAAAAGGUUCAACAUUUGUGGAUCACGAGUCUGGAUAUUUCUUUCAAAAACAGUUUAUCUUCUAUUGAGUCACACUGGCCCCCGUCCGUCUGAAAUUAUAGACUGUAGAAGUAAACUCGACCUAUUCUCACGUCAGAUGCCAAUAUGUCAACAAAUAAAUAAUUCAGCCAAAAUAACCAUCUUUAUCCGAGCUGUUGUGGCCCCUGCGUCUCUGUCUGUCUAGAUAUAUUCCCUGACAGUAUUAUCUACGAGGAGUGACAGGGGAAUACCUGCGUGGCUCGUCUCAUCAUUCUCCAUUAUAACCAGUGCACACAGCUGUCUGCUUAACUCUCACACUGACUUUGAGAGUGUAUUGAUUUCUCUCUAAGGCGAUAAGUGGCAGCUCCAGCUCAUAUUUCAGGACGGCUACAUGAAUCUCUUCUGGGAGAGGGGAGAGCCGAUCCGGAGCUGUGCGGUUUUAAACAUGAAAAUGGGACUGUGGAGAUACACGAGGACAUGCCAGCGGAUUGAUCUAAGAGACAGAUGUGUAAUGUGUACUGCUCUUGUAAAACGCCCCACUCGGGCAGGAGAGCACUUUGAAUAAUCACCUGCUGUGGUGCAAAUCAAAAGUGGUUUGCUUUGAUGGAAACGUUUCAAACACGAUUUGUCAAAGCGUGGUCUGAUCUCAGAAGCUAAGCGAGGCUGGGUCUGGUUAGUACAGGAUGCUGUCCAGGAGACUGCUGGGAAAAUUAGGGGCCACAGUGGGGCGUCAGUGGUAAAAACGGUUGAUGUGUCCUUAGGCAAGACGCUUCUAUGAAAGUGAUGUGUGUGUGAGCGUUGGUGGUGGUCAGAGGAGCGCAAAUUGGCAGACUCCCGUUCGUCAGUCUGCCCCAGUGCUGAUGAGUAAUGCUCUGUGAAGUGUCUUUCAGGGUUUAAAAAAAGUAUAAUCUAAAUCUAAUGCAUUAUUAUUACCCACAUAAAACUUAGUGUGGUGUGUUGUUGGACAUAUAAACUGCCUGACCAAAAAAAAAAAGGUCACACACUCUAAUAUUUGGUUGUUCCGCCUUAUCUUUGAUCACGUCACACAUUAGCAUUGUUUGUAGCAUUGUUUCGAUUUCGCUUCUGCAAUGUCACAAGAUUUAUUUCCAUCCAGUGUUGCGUUAAUUUUCCACCAAGAUGUUGCAUUGAUGAUGUUAGAGUCUGACGCUGCUCAAAGCUUCUCCAGCACAUCCCAAAGAUUCUCAAUGGGGUUAAGGUCUGGACUCUGUGGGGGACAAUCCAUGUGUGAAAAUGAUGUCUCAUGCUCCUGAUCCACUCUGUCACAAUUUGAGCCUGAUGAAUCCUGGCAUUGUCAUCUUGGAAUAUGCCCCGUGCCAUCAGGGAAGAAAAAUCCAUUGGUGGAAUAACCUGGUCAUUCAGUAUAUUCAGGUGUCAGCUGACCUCAUUCUGUUGCUGAACCUAGACUGGACCAACUGCAGGAGGAGAGGACCUAUUUGCUUAGUUAAAUCCCCCCACACACACACACAAACACACACACACCUUUACAGACAUAGGGCCUAUAUGUUUAUACUCAUAAAACCACACGCACAUUGAGGCUAUUUGGAACUGGAAGAGAUUUUUUAUUUUUUUUAUUUUUUAACAUAUGUUAUACUCUGACAAUCAAUCUGACAAUAUUUACAUAAAUCUGUAUAUAUGGUAUGAAAUGUAAUUUGUACACUUUUUAUGAAUCAAUCUAAUAAAAAAGUGAAAAUUC